AUGUCCACGGUUCACGGAUCCAAUCUCCAAAACAGCACAGGCCGCAAAGCUGAACCUGUGCUUCCUCUGCCUAAAAACGGCACACGAGAACGUAUGUGGAGUGAAUUGUGGAAGUUGUGGUCUUGGCCACAAUUUCCUGCUUUGCUAGUCCAAAAGACCGCAGCCGCCCACGAAGCGGCCAUACAAGAAGUACUAUCUCAACGCCAUCACCGUCCACAAGCCGUCAUCAGUGCACCUGCACCAAGCCGAAUUCUCAAGUCACCAUCAGAUUUUGUGCAUACGUGUAUGAACAUCAUAACUGAUAACAUGUGUAUACAACAGAUAAUGAGCUGA